AUGGAGAUUUCGUUGCAUUUUAGAUGUAGAAUGGCGUUCCCUAAUAGAGGCGGUUGUUUGAAUUUGAACCUCGCUCCAUUUUCUGCUUUAGCUUCUUCUUCGUGGGGCAAAGCAAGUAGAGGAGUUUCUUGUGUUAAUGCUAGUUCAGAUUUUUCUAGGAAAAGACAACAAAAGAAGGGUUCAAUUUCGAAGUCAAAGGGGUCUGGUAAGGGUUUUGUACCAAAAUCAUCUAUUGGAUCAAGUAGUAAGAAAAAUGCUAGAGUGAAGAAAGGAGAACAAACACUUGAUGUUAGUGUUGAGGAUGAUAAAGAUGGGGAAGUUGAGUUUUCCGUUGAGGAGAAGCUUGCGAUUGUUGGUAAAACUAGUGAAAUUGAUAGGGAGUUCGGGGACUUGUCUUUGAUAGAUGAGACACUGGGUGUUGUUGAGAGUAAUCGAGGUGAGGGAAUUGAAAGCAUUCAUAUUGGUAAGGAUGUCGAUGAUGUUCAACUAAGUGAGGAGGAAGUUUCUUAUAUCGGAGACAAUGGGAAUGGUAAGGGUACAGGUGCUGGUACUGAUGGUGGUAUAAUAAAUGAGGAAGCUUCUCGGAUGUUGAAAUUGAAGUUGGAAGAAAAUUUGCGAAAGCAGGAAAUAGAGAGGAUUGCGGAGGAAAACUUUUUACGAGGGACACAGAUGUUUGUAUAUCCUCCUGUGGUUAAGCCUGAUCAAGAUAUAGAAGUGUUUUUUAAUAAGAACCUUUCAACACUAAGAGAUGAACAAGAUAUUUUGAUCAUGGGGGCAUUUAAUGAUUGGAAGUGGAAAUCUUUUACAAUCAGAUUGAAUAAAGCAGAUCUUAAGGAUAAUUGGUGGAGUUGCCAAUUGUAUGUGCCACUAGAAGCCUACAAAUUAGACUUUGUGUUCUUCAAUGGAGAGAGUGUUUAUGACAAUAAUGACCAGAAAGAUUUCUGUAUACCGGUUCAAGGUGGAAUGGAUGUAUUGGCAUUCGAAGAAUUUUUGCUUGAGGAGAAACGUAAAGAACUAGAAAAGCUUGCUAAGGAGCAAGCUGAAAGGGAAAGAAUUGCGGAAGAGCAAAGGCAGAUAGAAGCAGACAUAGCUGAAAAGGAAGAGGAUAGGUUACAGGCAAGGUUAGAGGUUGAUAGGAGGCAAGAAACGGUGCUGCGGUUGAUGAAAAAUGCCGUAAAAUCUAAUGAUAAUGUUUGGUAUAUUGAACCUAAUGAGUUUAAAGGCAAGGACUUGGUCAGAUUAUAUUACAAUGGAAGCUCAGGUCCUCUUCAACAUGCUAAGGAAAUAUGGAUUCAUGGUGGGCACAACAAUUGGAAGGAUGGAUUAUCAAUUGUUGAAAGGCUUGUCAAAUCUGUCUUGAAAGGCGGUGCUUGGUGGUAUGCCGACGUUGUUGUACCUGACCAAGCUCUUGUCCUCGAUUGGGUCUUUGCUGAUGGUCCACCUCAAAAUGCAGUUGUGUAUGAUAACAACCAUAAGCUAGAUUUCCAUGCCAUUGUUCCUAUGGCUGCACCUGACACACGGUAUUGGGUCGAGGAAGAGCAACUUAUAUACCAAAAACUUCAAGAGGAGAGGAGAUUGAGGAAGGAAGCUAUACGUGCAAAGGCUGAAAAAACAGCACUAAUGAAAGUCGAAACAAAGGAAAAAACUUUGAAAAGAUUUUUGCUAUCUCAAAAACAUAUCGUCUUUACCGAGCCUCUUGAUGUUCAAGCAGGGAGUACAGUGACAGUGUUUUAUAACCCCUCAAACACAAUUCUGAAUGGAAAACCUGAGGUUUGGUUUAGAGGCUCAUUUAAUCGCUGGUCUCAUCGUAAUGGUCCAUUGCCACCUCAGAGAAUGUUGCCUGCAGAGAAUGGCACACAUGUCAAAGCCUCUGUUAAAGUUCCACUGGAUGCAUACAUGAUGGACUUUGUGUUCUCUGAGAGUGAAAAUGGUGGAAUUUUUGAUAACAGAUUUGGAAUGGAUUACCACAUACCUGUUUUUGGUGGUAUUGUAAAGGAACCUCCUUUGCAUAUCAUUCAUAUUGCAGUUGAGAUGGCCCCUAUUGCAAAGGUUGGAGGCCUCGGCGAUGUUGUUACUAGUCUAUCCCGAGCUAUUCAAGACUUAAAUCACAAUGUGGAUAUCAUUCUUCCAAAGUAUGAUUGCAUGAAUCUUAGCAAUGUAAAGGACUUUCAAUUUCACAAAAGCUAUUUGUGGGGUAGGACUGAAAUAAAAGUAUGGCACGGAAAGGUCGAGGGCCUCUCUGUCUACUUUUUGGAGCCUCAGAAUGGGUUCUUUUCAGUUGGCUGUGUGUAUGGUCGUGCAAAUGAUGGAGAGAGAUUUGGUUUUUUUUGUCAUGCCGCUCUUGAAUUUCUUCUCCAAAAUGGAUUUAAUCCUGAUAUCAUUCACUGCCAUGACUGGUCAAGUGCUCCAGUUGCAUGGCUAUUUAAAGAACAGUAUACACAUUAUGGCCUUAGUAAGGCUCGAGCAGUCUUCACAAUUCAUAACCUUGAAUUUGGAGCCCCUUUAAUUGGAAAAGCUAUGGCAUUUGCAGACAAGGCAACAACUGUCUCCCCCACUUAUUCAAAGGAGGUUGCUGGGAAUCCUGCAAUUGCUCCUCAUCUUUACAAGUUUAAUGGUAUAAUUAAUGGAAUCGAUCCAGAUAUAUGGGACCCAUAUAAUGAUAACUUCAUUCCUGUACCGUACACAUCAGAAAAUGUUGUGGAAGGAAAAAGAGCUGCCAAGGAAGCCUUGCAAAAAAAGCUUGGUUUAAAAACAGCUGAUCUUCCUUUAGUAGGAGUUAUUACUCGAUUGACUCAUCAAAAAGGGAUACAUCUCAUCAAACAUGCCAUAUGGCGUACCCUAGAACGUGGUGGACAGGUGGUGUUACUUGGUUCGGCUCCUGAUCCCCGCAUCCAAAAUGAUUUUGUGCAUUUGGCUAAUCAACUGCAUUCUUCUCAUAAUGAUCGGGCAAGACUUUGCCUUGCAUAUGAUGAACCUCUUUCCCACUUGAUAUAUGCCGCUGCUGAUUUCAUUCUUGUUCCUUCAAUCUUUGAGCCAUGUGGACUCACUCAACUCACAGCUAUGAGAUAUGGUUCAAUACCUAUUGUUCGAAAAACUGGAGGACUUUACGAUACAGUAUUUGAUGUUGAUCAUGAUAAGGAUAGGGCCCAAGCCCAAGAUCUUGAACCAAAUGGAUUCAGUUUCGAUGGAGCUGAUGUAGGUGGUGUUGAGUAUGCUCUUAAUAGGGCAAUAUCCACGUGGUAUGAUGGCCGUGAGUGGUUCAAUAAAUUGUGCAAGACGGUAAUGGAGCAAGACUGGUCUUGGAAUCGGCCUGCUCUGGACUACUUAGAGCUUUACCAUGCAGCACGGAAGUUGGAAUGA